GCUUUGGACAACAACAACAACAGGGAUCAUCAUGAAUACUAUCCACGCGAAGCGUCGGAUCCCAGAAAACGAUCCUAUGAAAGGCCGGCUGAGAGAGGCCGAAUGGGUCAGCACUCAUUUUCACCUGCAAGUGACGUGAGAAUUGUGAGAAACCAUAUAACCUCUCCUGCAGCUCCCCAGCCCUCCCGAGUGUCUCCUCUGGCGAUGGCCAAAAUGCCGUCCGUUCCACCGCACAGGCCGCAGGAUUAUCGCCAGGAACGUGUGCCCACCGAUCCGUAUUCGGGACGGACUAGUCCAGAAGUUCCCGUACAACCACUCAUGCCUCGCAAGCGUCGGCGGCUGCAGGAACCUCGGGACAGACCAGGCCCCGCUGCACCGCGAAGACAUGCCGCCGAUUCUCCUGAGCCCUAUAUCAAGGAAGAACCCGCGUCGCCUCCUCCGUUUACUGACGUUCCCCCUGCGUCGGGAGGUCGGAGUCGACCGCCUCAGGAACGGCCCGUUUACAUUGAUGUCACGUCCCCUCGGUAUACACCGACCAUUGACCGGAGAGAAGCGAUUUCCAGGGAAUCAGUCUACGAAUAUGACCGAUAUGGCAACAACGCUCGGGACUAUGACGCCCCCAUGGAGGCGCGGACUGCUUCCCGCAUGGGGACGCGGAGGCCUGCCCGCGAUAAUCAGGAUCUGAGGCGCGUUGCCAGUCUGCAUCAUGCGCGACAGCCAGAGGUGUUGUCUCGCGAAUACGGAGAACCGCCACGGUCGAUGCGGGCUUCGUCGUACGCCGUGAUCGAACGUCCUACUCAUCACGAGAGAGCCAGAUACUACGAGGAGACGGUGCCGUCAUACACGAGACGGUAUGCACCGGUCGAAGAGCUUCCGCCGUCGCCCCGAUUCCGCGAAACAUACGUGGAUGAAGAGCCGCCUCCACCGCGUGUUGUGGAACCUCCCCCGCGGCGGAUUGUGGUGGACGAGUAUGGAAACCAAUACUACGAGACGGUGCCGGCCUCCAAAGUGCGUGCGAUGCCGCCGCCUCCCCCAACUCGAGUGGCGAAGGUGGAUGAUUACAAUGAACGGGCGCAUGUGCGCAACGGCAGCGUGCGAGCGACGUCGAUAGUGGACGAUCCGUAUGGGGAUCGGAGAUAUGUCCAUGAGAUGCCGCCCCCUCCACCGGCCACUUAUCGACGGGUUGUUGACUAUCCGCGAAGCGUGGUGGAAGAAAGGCGGCCGUACCCUCAUCCGGUCGCAGAGCGAGAACCGGCGUACCGCAGCAGCAGCGUGGUGGUCGACUACGCACCGCGACAGCAGACGUACGUUGAGGACCCCGAGAUGCCGCGCGAACGGGUGGUUCGGAUGUCCAGCGUGCGGCCGCCAGCGAACCGGUACGACGAGCCGCGGGAAGCGAUACCGCAUCGCGUGCCGAGUGUGCGACCGGGCGGGCACGAGGUCAGUGGGUAUGCGGACGACGAGCUUCGACAGCCGCGAGAGUACGUGGAUCGGCCGGUGUAUACGUCGGGGCGGCCGGUGCGAGACGAGCGAUACUACGAGGAGGAGGACGCGGGGCGGAUGGUGCUUGACGGGAGCGGAGAGGGCAUGCACCGAGGCCCGCAGCGAUAUUGA